GUUGUUGGAAUUCUUUGUGAAGAACUUGGUAUAAAAGACUAUUGAGCCAAAGGAUGGCUAGUCUGGACGCAGAGAAGGCCUACAAGGCAGAGGUUAGGGUGACAGGCACAAGAGGCUUUGGGGACACUUCACUAUCAGGCAGUUUUUCCCGUGGGAAUCCAGAAGAGUUGUUAAGUUCAUUAGGAGCAGAUAUAAGCAAUUAUCGUUCCUCAGUCCAUUCACUGGAUCAACUAUGAGGAGGGUCAAAGACCAGCCAAGAGCUAUCUUCACUGAGGGCCGCCAUACAAGAAAAGAUUGAAGAGGCUGAUCAAGAAAUAAAAGCGAAAGUUGCUAGAGGUGAGAGCCAAAUUGUCACUAAGAAACUAACGGACCAGCUUCAAGAGCAAAGAAAAGAGUUUGAGUCAUUAAAGGAACAAGAGAACAAGAAGGGAAUGGAAGGAGAAGGAUCAGUACAAGAAUCACAAGCAGAUUCCUUCACCAGUGAUCCAACUGUCAAUAAUGAUGGUGAUACUUUAGCUCAAGAAGCUCUGCAAGUUGACCAGUCGGGACUCAAUAUAAGAGAACAACAAGCAACAGAAAUAAGAGAACUUGAAAAGGACAUUGGUGAUCUUCAUGAUAUUUCAAAGCACAUCAACGUGAUGAUUGUUGAUCAAGGAUCACAAAUAGACAGAAUAGAGCUACACACCGAGAAGGCUGCACAUCGAACUGAAAAAGGAACAGCCAACACGACAACAGCCGUUGUUCUAAAAAGGCAGAACAAUACUUUACUAAUAGCACUGUUGGUAGCUGGGGGCGGAGUCUUACUAUUUAUCAUUAUCGUCAUCAUAAUAUUAGCAGUCGUAUUGACAAGAAACGACUAACUAAUCGAUAUUAUUAUUAUUAUUAUUAUUAUUAUUAUUAUUAUUAUUAUUACUAUGGGAUGUGAAAAACUAGUUUAUAUCAGAAUUCAAACUCGAAUCAGAAUUAAUCAAUCAGUUAUUAACGUCAUGUUUUAGUUCAUUAUACAUAUUUGUUUCUGUAUUGUUCAUUUUAGAUUUAAAAAAUUAAUUUAAAAAA